AUGAGCGCAGAAAGUUACAACAGUUGGAAUGAAGAGUACGAAAACGACAGCACACAAUUAGUGAAAGCUGAAUACGAUCGUAUGGAACGAGUUUUACAAUGUCGUGAAGCUUAUAUUCCCCACUACGAUAAAGAAGAAUAUAAAUUAUGGAUAAAAACAUUUCCGCUUUUAAGAACAUCACCUUAUGAUACAUUGGAACAAAUCUCAACACCAAAAUUCUGUGAUACAACUCCGUCAACUCCAGCGAAGAAAAAUUCCCCAGUUGAUAAUAUUCUCGAUCAACUCGAGUCGUUUACAACGCUUAAAAAUCAAUUACCUACACAUUCUACAACUACGUAUACAAACAAGUACCUAGCCAUUAACAACACCAUUAAUCCAAGGACUAUCAACAUUGCCGAUCAGAGUUUUCUCCAACUAGCACCUGUUAUCACCAAUAAUCAUUCUUCAAACCGAAGACAAUCUUUUAAACCUUCCCAUCCGAGGGAAAAAUCAAAUACUAAUUGUACCGGUCGCACGUCUGAUUGGUUGAAAGAUGUGCAUGAUUUCAACCACUUCCGGCAAGGAAAAAAUGAUUAUUUUGGUACCCCGGGGUCCAAAAAGGCCAUUAACAACACCAUUAAUCCAAGGACUAUCAACAUUGCCGAUCAGAGUUUUCUCCAACUUGCACCUGUUAUCACCAGUAAUCACUCUUCAAGCCGAAGACAAUCUUUUAAACCUUCCCAUCCGAGGGAAAAAUCAAAUACUAAUUGUACCGGUCGCACGUCUGAUUGGUUGAAAGAUGUUCAUGAUUUCAACCACUUCCGGCAAGGAAAAAAUGAUUAUUUUGGUACACCAGGAUCGAAUACAAGAAGAAAAUCAUCUAAAACUGAACCGUUGAAGUCCAGUUCUGAGUUUAUUGUCUUACCACCAAUAGAAGGUAAAGAAUUGCGGUCGUCUUCAGCUGCAACGAUAAGUCAACUGGGAAAAGCACCGAUUUUACCACUGGGAAGGUUAAAACAUCCGCCUGUUUACCCGCUCUACGAGAAUGAUAAAGAGAGCGAUCACAAUGAUGGCUUUGUUAGCUUCCGGCAUCGCAAGCGGAAGUACAAGUAA